AUGGCUGGAACAACCAUACGCGUUCCCAUUGCUGAAACUACAUUUUCUAAUCGUGUUUUCAUACAUGAUUAUCCAAGAAGUUCUAAAAUUGAAGCACAUUUUCAAUCAAAUGAACGAUUAUAUAUUUCAUAUUACAAUAUUAUUUCUCUGGGAACCUAUCCUUCCACACCAAAACUGACACAAAAAUCUAAAAACAACGCGUCUCAAUAUCCAAUACCUGACGAUUAUAUAGUUGAAACAAAGUUUUCUGAAAGAAAGUGGAGUGUUAGUAGUACCCAAUCUUCAACAGCUGUUGUUAAUACAUUUUUACAGAAAAUUAACUUAAAAUCAUCAACUAAAUCAUCUGGGCCUCGGUUAUUUGGAUUUGAUAUUGAGCCACUAUAUCAUGCUCGUUUACAAAUUGGGUUUCGACCUGUUACUGCUGUUACAACAGAAGUUAAUAACUGA